CACAUUUUUCAAUUUAUCGUAUUCUCUUGAUUGGUUUAAAUGCUAUUUUUUGUUCGUGAUGCUUAUUUUAAUACGUUUUGUUCUUAAAUAUGUAAUGAAAAUACUAUGCCAUUGUUGCAGUAUUCAGUUUUGGCAUUGCCGAAAUAUUUUAUGGUGACCUACUUAAUAUUCAGGUAUAAAUUUGGACUUCCUCAAUUUUUUCAGUUCAUCAUUGGUCUCGGUGUGCCAGUUGAUUUGAAGGAGCAAUCGGUUACCGUGGGCACAGUAAUAAAGUUCCAAUAUGAUUUGCCUACAAAUAGUACGGAAUAUACAAGCAGGAUCUACGGCUUCUCCCAAACAGUCUCCAGGGACAUGGCCGAGGACGCUCCGGCGAAAGACAUUUCUAACGAAAUAGACUCAGACAGUUCUAGACAAAUAAGUGAAACAGUAGAUAUUGAAAAUGAUGAGCAAGAAAGAGAUAAUGAUACUUUAGUAGAUCUGACAUUUGAUGACAGAAGAAAGAGGUCUUUAAUUUACUCGAAAGCCAGUAUGUAUUCUGCAGAUGAUGUAGCUACAACUGAGCUGUCAUUAGAGGAAGCUAUUAAAAGGCAAGAAAUGAUUGACCAGAAUGCUUUAGAGGAAGAGGAGGAACCACAAAGAAUGAACAGAUGGGACUUUUAUAAAGUUAUUGAACAUAUGGUUGAAAGGUACGGUUAUUCAGGACGGCCGUGCUUGCUACGAACAAUCUGCGAAGCUGCCGAGGUACCAUUCACCCAUGAAAACGGCUUGCUCGGCGAAAUUGGACAUAUACUAUUCACCCCAUCAACCACGAAGGAUACCCUGUCCCACCACACGGAUAACGAGUACCACGCGGCGGAGAGACUUGGGAGGGAGAUCGGAGUUGACUGUGAAGAGCUGUUCCCGGAGUGCGAGGGCUCCAUCCUCAGCACCUUCACGCAAAUCGGACAGGAGACGCUGCAUAAGUUCGGGUUUUUGUAGAGGGAAAUUGUUUUAGUUGAAAAUGUUAGAAGAGUUUGAUUAGAUGCUUUUUGAUCCUUUGAUGUUAGCAUACUAAAUUCUCUUGGGUUAUUUUUCGGUAUUGCGAAAGUAAGAAUAUCGUUUGAGCAUAUUAUGAGAAAAAAACGUGAUAUUUAUUUGUGGUUCUAAUAUCGUGAAUUUAUUAUGAUUUAGUUUUUAUUUUCCCACGUUAACAAUUCUUAUUCUUUUUCAGGCAAUUGUAGACUGUAGUCUAUCUAUAAGUUGAAAAAUUUAUAACGUAAUUAUAUUAAAAAAAAAAACUAGAUUAAUUUGUGUAAACAGUUUAAAAGUUAAUAGUUUGGGGUACUUCUAAUUGUCGACCUGGUUUGCUUGACAGUUCGAAUAUCUUUGCAAUGUUUUCAAAUGCUUAACUGUAAUUAUUUAUUUUAGAAUAAAAUAUUGAAGAGAUA